AUGGAUAAGGCUAUGCAUAUUAAUGAUAAUUUAAGCGACGACGAAAUAUUUUUUGGAAAUCUUUCCUUGAAUGAAAUUAAAAAACAUGUAACGAUGGAUAGAUAUCGGCACAGUGCAACGUGUAACAAUACAAAAAAGGAUGAAAGCGAUAGUGACAGCAGUUUGAAAAUAAUUGAAACUCGUUCUGAACCUGAUCUUAAACCAGGAGUUUCUCUGAAUAUUUCCGAUUCCAAUUCGAGUUUAUCAAGUGAACAUAAGGGAAUUUCUAGUUGGAAUAUCAAUUCAAUCAAUGAUAGUUUUUUGGAAAUGGAAAAAAUGGUUUCGGAACUUCCAAACAAUAAUAAAGAAGAAUUAGAUAAUACAUUGGAAGUUGUUGAAUAUAUAUUAAAUAAUGCUCCGACUGUGAAUGAAGAAGGAUGUAAACUUCCCAAUAAAAUUGAAGUUUCAAAAGAUAAUUAUAAUGAAAAAACUGCAUUGCAAGUUGAAGCUAUUGAUACCAAGAAUAGUAAUGUACCUGAGUCCAUAAAAAGUGUGUUAAAGUUAGAAGAGGCCAAACAUUCUUCAAACACAGAACUUUUCACUCCAAUUAAAAAUAAAGAUAGCUUAAGUGAUUGUAUUUGUCCUAGUUUAGGUACAUUUUCUACAAAAACAAUUCAUAAUUCACAUAAAAUUGACAAUAUUGCUACUCCUAUUUGUGGUGAUAUAAAACAAAAAGCUCUAUUUAAGACACCCAAAAGUCUCAUAUCACAAAAGAAACAAUUUCUAACUCCAAAUAAGGUACCAAGUAAAUUAAAUUCAUAUCAACAUAUAUCAAGUCCAGUUGCUACAUAUAUCAAGAAUAGUCCACAAGUUCCAUUGCUUAAAGAUGUCAGACCUAAGAAACCUUUACCAGGAAUCUCGUCAAUUCCCAAACUACUGAAGAGUACAGAAAAAGCAUCAAACAAGGAGAAUAUAAGUUUACCAUCAGUUGCAUACAAGAGUGCUAAAAGUAUGAAAGUGAUAAAAGUACCUGAUGAGGAGAAGUUACCGGAAAGUCAAUGGGCCAAGAAACUUUCAUCAUCUUUAUCUAAGCCAAUUGUAAUAAAACAUGAUCAUAGAGAGAAUAAUGUAUCCAAGAAAAUAAAAGAACCAAAAUCUGAAGACAGUUUUGCCAACCUUACUUUACACCAGGCGGAAGUGUCAGUUUGUACCCAGAAGACUGCAUUCAGCAAUUUAAAGAAAAGGCACAUGUAA